CCAUGACAUCAUCACGGAUCUUGAAAAUACUAUGUCUGUAUUUGCUCUCUGGAGCUCUGGUACUUUCUCAAGAGCUUGACUAUAUCGAUAACAACAUAGAUUCAACCUAUGAAAACUCUUCGCCCGAAGUUCCUCGACAAUCUGUAACUCAACAACCUGAUUACGAUGCCCAAAUAAUGUAUUCGUACGAAUGUGCCAGCGAAUGUUUCUGCCCCUCAUCCUAUCCAUUUGCCAUGUAUUGCGACCACCGAAAACUCAAGGCGAUUCCCAACAUCCCAAGACACGUCCGCCACUUGUACAUUCAGCAUAACGACAUAGAAGAGAUAACUUCAAAGCCUUUCAUUAAUGCCACGUCCCUGAGGGAAAUCAACCUCAGCUACAAUAAGCUCCAGUCAUCUAAGGUGGAUAAAGUUGUCUUCAAUAUACUCAAAGAACUCAUUCAGUUACACCUUGAGCAUAAUAAUCUGGAAGACGUUCCUUCUCCUUUGCCAAAAACUCUUACAAGACUUAAUUUGGGCUUCAAUAAAAUUUCAAAGAUACCGGCUGAAGCUACACGAGAGCUUACAAAACUUACAGUGCUGGAUUUUUGCAGCAACAGACUAACAGAUGCAGGUAUAAAGAGCCUCAUGCAAAUCCACAUGUGCAACAAUAAGCUCAAGUCCAUGCCAACAGACCUUCCAGAAUCGAUUCAGCAGAUAUCGCUGGAAAACAACUUAAUAUCCACCAUACCUGAGGGCUGCUUUAACCCCUUAACUAAGACUCCCAAUCUCUUGUCCCUACGCAUGUCACACAAUAAACUCAAAUCCAUUGCAUACAUUGCCUUCAACUUGUCCAAACUGAUGGAGCUCCAUUUGGGCCAUAACCAGCUCUCCAAACCGUUUUUUGUUCCCAGGACCUUGGAACAUCUGUAUCUAAAUCACAAUGACUUUAAAGAUCUGAAUAUCUCUCUAAUGUGUCCAUCACUGGACCUUGGGAACCCUAACAUGCUGACCUUCAUUCGGCUCGACAACAAUAACUAUGCUUACAGAUGUUUCCCAAGGCUGAUGAUGAUAUUUGACGGAAACCAAAGGAAGGAUGAUGAAGAUGACUCUGAACCCCAAAAGUAUGAAAAACCAAAAAGGCCUGGGGCAACAAGGCUAUCGACUUAGAUUUUUGCGAU